CCAGCUAGUGCGUGUGUGAGUGAUCGAUCUGGUGGUGGCCGGCCGCCAUGGAGUCGCUGCUCGCAGCUGCCGGUGCGGGAGGGGUCGGCGCGGCGGCGGUGGCGGCCGUCGGCGGGCUCGUCGCGGCGGCCACGCUCACCGUGGCGCAGCAGCCCAAGAACCGCCCCAACGCGCCUCCUGCUAUCCCUGGUUUACCCAUUAUUGGAAAUCUGCAUCAAUUGAAAGAAAAGAAGCCCCAUCAGACAUUUGCAAAAUGGUCUGAAACUUAUGGGCCAAUAUACACUAUAAAGACCGGAGCAUCCUCGGUAGUUGUACUCAAUUCAACUGAAGUAGCCAAGGAGGCUAUGGUUGAAAAAUUCUCAUCCAUAUCUUCUCGGAAGUUGCCUAAAGCCAUGUCUGUGCUAAGUCGUAAUAGAAUGGUCGCUGUGAGCGACUUCGGUGACUUCCAGAAAAUGGCGAAACGUAACAUUAUGUUGAGCAUGUUGGGUUAUUCUGCCCAGAAACAGUUUCGCGAUGCAAGAGAAAGGAUGGUAAGUAACGUGUUAAGCAAUUUGCAUAAAUUGGUUACUGCUGACCCACAUUCCCCUCUCAACUUCAGAGACGUUUACAUUACUGAGCUAUUCGGCCUGUCCUUGACCCAGACUUUAGGUGAGGAUGUGAGUUCAGUGUAUGUGGAAGAGUUUGGGAGGGAGAUAUCCAAGGACGAAAUCUUCCAUGUCCUUGUGCAUGACAUGCUGAUGAGUGCAAUUGAGGCUGACUGGAGAGACUUCUUCCCCUACCUCAGCUGGAUCCCAAACAAGAGCUUCGAGACAGCGCUGUUUACUGCAGAAGCAAGACGAAACGCUGUGAUGCGCGCGUUGAUCAAGAAGCAGAAGGAGAGAAUUGAACGCGGAGAGGCAAGGACAUGCUACAUGGACUUCUUGCUGGAACAUAACAGCACACCGCUGACAGCAGAUGACUACCAAAUGUUGCUGUUUCUGUGGGAGUCCAUCCUUGCUUCUGCGGAUACUGUCCUGGUGAACACGGAGUGGAUUAUGUACGAGAUUGCCAAGAACCCAGACAAACAGGAAAGGCUUCUCGAGGAGAUCCGCGAGGUCUGCGGCUGCCGGACGGUGACCGAGGAGGACCUUCCCCGGCUGCCGUACCUCAACGCCGUCUUCCACGAGACGCUGCGGUUCCACUCCCCGGUGCCCGUGCUGCCCCCGAGGCUCGUCCACCGCGACACCACGCUCGCCGGCUACGACGUCCCCGCGGGCACCGAACUCAUGAUCAACGUGUACGGCUGCCACAUGGACAAGAGGGCGUGGGACUCGCCGGAGGAGUGGGCGCCGGAGAGGUUCCUUGGCGGCGAGGGCUUCGAGGUGGCGGACAGGUACAAGACGCUGGCGUUCGGCGCCGGGAAGCGGAUCUGCGCGGGGAGCCUGCAGGCCAUGAACGUCGUGUCCGUCGCCGUCGCGCGCUUCGUGCAGGAGUUCCGGUGGGCGCUGCGGGAGGGCGACGGCGGCAAGGAGGACACGAUGCAGUUCACCGCCCUGAAGCUUGAGCCGCUGCACGUCCACCUCGAGCCCAGAGGAAGGGUGUGAUCUCGAGCUGCUGCCUGCAUGAAUGCACGUUCAGUGAUGGUCGAUGCUAGCAAUAACCACGCUGUACGUAAGACCCAAAAAGCUACUCAGAAAUUUCUGUUUGUAUUUAUAAUUUGAGAUAAUUUCGUCUGGUUUUCGACUUUUUGCUAUGUCAAAAUGAAGUUAUCGACAAAUUAAAAAGAAAUUUUAGAAGUAGGCUGAGCCAAUCUGGGCCAAGCCCAUUAGUCCAAGCCCACUCCCACAUCCUCUAAGCCCCCAACCAAAACCCACGGAGGAGACCGAUCUCCCCUUGUCUU